AUGCUGCUGCCAGACCCAUCCACCUUACUAACUGUUCUGUAUCUGUCACCCCUCUCUGCCAAUCCCUCCACUGGCCUCCACUCGUGUCCUCCAUCCCUCUCUGCCAAUCCCUCCACUGGUCUCCACUCAGUGCCCUCCACCCCUCUCUGCCAAUCCCUCCACUGGUCUCCACUCAGUGUCCCUCCACCCCUCUCUGCCAAUCCCUUCACUGGCCUCCACUCAGUGUCCUCCACCCCUUUCUGCCAAUCCCUCCACUGGCCUCCACUCAGUGUCCUCCACCCCUCUCUGCCAAUCCUCCACUGGCCUACACUCAGUGUCCUCCACCCCUCUCUGCCAAUCCCUCCACUGGCCCCCACU